AUGGACAAUAGCACCACCAACAAAACCCAUGGUUUUGAUGCAGGUGGGUUCACAUAUGGAGUGGCGUUUGUAAUUGGGUUGGUGUUCUUACUUCUCACGGUGGGUUUUGCAUGUGUGCGCCUUCGCAUGGCUAGAGGUCCCAACAUGCUCAAUAUUUUGGCUGGUAUCCCACCAUCUCAUCACACAAGAGAAGAAGAUUCAGCUGAACAAGGCCUUGGCCUAAGCCUUCAUCACAUUGACACAAGUUUUGAAAGCUACCCGAAACUUCUGUACUCCCAAGUACAGAAGGGUUCAAGUUCAACCAACAUUUCUUCUUCUAGCUGCUCCAUCUGCUUAGGGGACUACAAAGAGGGUGACAUGUUGAGGUUACUUCCUCACUGUGGCCAUAUUUUCCACCUUGCAUGUGUUGAUCCUUGGCUGAGGUUUCAUUCAACUUGUCCCAUAUGUAGAAAAUCUUCUCUUCAACCUUCACAUAAUUAA